CUGCGUCUUCUUGCUUUCUGUCUUGAGAUCGAAGAAAACUCUGUAUUAAGAAGCUAAAACCACAGCCAAACGCUCGCAAACAUUCAAAGGAAGCAAAAAGCAGAGCGAAGGCUAAAACGAUGAGUAGCAUAGGAACAGGUUACGAUCUCUCAGUCACUACUUUCUCUCCUGAUGGCCGCGUUUUCCAGAUCGAAUACGCUGCCAAAGCCGUCGAUAACAGCGGUACUGUUAUUGGAAUCAAGUGUAAGGACGGGAUCGUUUUGGGUGUGGAGAAGCUUAUAGCAUCUAAAAUGAUGUUGCCGGGUUCCAACAGGAGAAUACACUCUGUUCAUCGUCAUUCUGGCAUGGCUGUUGCUGGUUUAGCAGCUGAUGGGAGACAAAUUGUUGCAAGAGCAAAGUCGGAAGCAACUAACUAUGAAAGUGUUUAUGGUGAACCCAUUCCUGUGAAGGAACUUGCUGAUCGUGUUGCCAGUUAUGUGCAUUUAUGUACCCUCUACUGGUGGCUUAGGCCAUUUGGUUGCGGGGUAAUCCUCGGUGGUUAUGACAGAGAUGGACCCCAAUUAUACAUGAUUGAGCCAUCUGGAAUAUCAUACAGAUAUUUCGGUGCUGCAAUUGGGAAGGGGAAGCAAAAUGCUAAAACAGAAAUCGAAAAGUUGAAGCUUUCUGAAAUGACAUGCCGAGAAGGGGUUAUUGAAGUAGCCAAAAUCAUCUACAAGGUGCAUGAUGAAGCAAAAGACAAGGCCUUUGAACUGGAAAUGAGCUGGGUUUGUGAUGAGUCAAAGAGACUGCAUCAGAAGGUUCCCGAUGAACUUUUAGAGGAGGCCAAGACGGCUGCCAGGACCGCACUUGAAGAAAUGGAUGCUGAUUAGAAAAUAGAGCUUUGUAGAGCUGGAAAUUUCUUUGGAGAUGGUUGUCACUAUGUUAUGUCUCUGCGUUUCUUUUGAAUUUCCCUCGUCGGAAUUUGAGCGGAUUAGAUUUAUAUUUGGCGAACUUCAUGCAUGUACAAUUAGCUUCCUCCUGCAAUUCUUGUCUACCCCUGUUCUUGUAUGGUUAACAAUGUGCUUGGUCUGAGCAGUUCUUAAACUGAAGCCACAAUCAAUGAAAUUAUUUCAAAUAUUACUUAUGUUUUUGGUUCCGAAA